ACCGUUGGCAUCUGAAAUGGUUCCUAAAGCAUCAGCGAUCGUCAAAUGUCAACAGCUCGGUGGUGAACUUGCAAAUAUUUACACCCAAAUGCACAUGGACAAAAUAAUGACAUUCAUUCGUGACAACAAGUUGGACGGGCAAUCAUUUAAAGACUUUCAUCUCGGCUUGACAUACGACCCUAUUAAUAAGAUUCUUCGUUUCCAAAACGGAACUGUGACAUCACACAGUGGUUUCAAAUGGCACCCAGGGUGUCCAACCAAUGGGCAGAGUUAUUCUGGUCACACAAACAUGUUUAUCAGGAUUGAGGAAGAUUCAACAAGCCUACAUCAAUACAUUCUCAACUUCUUUGAUUAUAGUACAUACCUCCUGUGUGAAGUUUAAACUUCCAUCCAACUGUUAUAGCAAACGGUCAGAUAAAAAAAUUAAGAUGGAGAAACAUUUUCAGUGUAAAUACUAA